GAAGUAGUGCGUUUGACUUUGUGGCAGUUGUCAACAGAAAACGCUAAACCAAGAUAACUGAAAAUCAAAUAAUUUUGGCAACUCAUAGAAAAAAGUAUCUUUUGACCAAUUAAGUAGAAUUUUUUAAACAGUCGUAAUAAAAUUUGACGAAUUUGCGAGUUAAUGUGCGAUGACGCCAUUUUUACCUCUAUCUGUCAAAUCUGCUCAAGGUUGGUCUGUCAAACAUUUAUUUUAGAAGUAAACAAUAAUAUUUAUUAAAAAUCAGGAAUUAGAAUCGUUUCUACGCCAGUCAAGUACUCAUGACCAAUAUGGGCAAUACCAGUGAUGAUAUGGGUUUCCAAAAGGUCAGAAUAUGAAACGACGUGAUAAAUAACUCUGGGAUCAUGCAAGGAUCCACAAAGAUACCUAUAACUGACCUCAAUACCUAUAUAACUUGCAAAAUAUGUGAUGGUUACUUUGUUGAUGCAUGUACAAUCAUUGAAUGUUUGCACACAUUUUGCCGCAGCUGUAUUAUUAAGUAUUUACAAAAGAAUAAAUACUGUCCAGUUUGCGAUGUACAAGUACACAAAUCAAAGCCAUUACUCAACAUCAGACCUGACAAAACUAUCCAGGACAUUGUCUACAAACUUGUUCCAAGAUUAUUUCAAAAUGAAAUGCAAAGGAGGAGGGACUUCUAUGACAGUCACCCGGAAGCAAAGCCUUCAAGUUUGGAGCAAUGUGGAGAAGCAUCUUACCAGCAUUUGUUAACUCCAGAAGAAACUAUCUGCCUUACCCUUAGUUACCAUGGAGCUGACAACAACCCUAGAUAUCUUCGUUGCCCAGCUGCUGUCACGAUGGGCCACCUAAAGAAACUAAUCAGGGCGAAAUAUGAUCUUUCAGAAAACCACAGAAUCGAUAUACUUUACAAUCAAGAUUGCCUUAGUUCUUCACUGACUUUAAUGGAUGUAGCAUAUAUUUAUUUAUGGAAAAGGAAAGGACCAAUAGAACUCACAUACAGAAUAUACGAAAACACGUCUAAAAAAUUAAAAUUGGACGUCCAAGAACACCAAGAGCAACAAGAAACAAAUCUAGCCAACAAUAACAACAACAAUAUCAGUAAUAACAACAAUUGGAAGGAGGUACAGUUGAGGAUAAGCGAGAAUGGCGAGAUGUCGAUAACAGGCAUUCAGGACGCAGCUCUAAGUCCCAGCCUGUUGGAAAUUGUAAAUACCGAACCAAAGUACAAAAGUGAUGCGUCAGUGAUUGAGUCCAAACCAGUUGGCAACCAGGUGCCAUGCAAGAAGGAACUUCCCGGAUUGAAGUUUAUAGGAAAAGUAAAUACAACAUGUACAAAUAUUAUAAAUAGUACAACAGGAGCACUUCCCAUAGACAAUCUCACCAAUAUUUACACCGCAGACAGCAUACCUACUUAUUUGAAUCCGAUUAUAAGUACUGCUGUCAACUCCAUUACUUUACCACCAUUGAACGAACACAGCAUAGUAUCUCUCCCAUCUCCUUCCAGCAAUUGCGCUACUUUAUCUUCUGGAGGUACUACGAUGGUAUUUAGUACCAUCAACUCUACAAAAUGCAGUACCAAAUCUGAAGACAGUUUACUGAAAGUGGCUAAACCUGAUAUUGUUGAGACGAACGCAGAAAAAAUUAAUACAGAAGUAGAGAAGUCACUAAAAAGGAAGAUAGAAUUAAACGUUGAGGUAGAACCUCCUUCAAAACAGUCCAAACCUAUCAUUUUGAAUCAUAAUAUGGGCUUGAUGAACUUAUCCAACAAUCAUCCCUUAAAGAAACAUUCUAAAUUAAAUAGAAACGGUGAAUAUGUACGAGAUCUUCCCAAAACUACCGAAUCUGAAUCUAAAACUGUAAAUUCAACGUUGCCCACGGCUACAGGUUAUAGCACAGUAGAGAUUUCAGCUAAAAAAGAACCAGAAGUGCCCAAGAGCAGCAUCGUCAAUAGGAAUAGUCCAAGACCUGGAACUCCCACGACGACCAAACCACUUGCCAUGAGAGCUAAAACGUUAAUUAGCGAAUCUGGUGUUAAACCCCCCUGUUACCAACCUAGGAGUGCCUAUGGACCUUUGUUCAAUGUACCUAGGCCCGUACAUACUGCAGUCACAACUUCAACUACUUCAAACAUCUCCACUAAAAGCGAUACUCAGACUUUACUGUCAGGUGCAACAAAAAUUUCUUCCCAAAAGCCUGAUAAAUCAAAUGCCACCUCUCCACCGGAACCAUCACAAUCCAGUAUUAAUCACAAAAUUCCAAAUAUACCUUCCCCUCAACAGUCCCAAUCAAAUAAAACUGCAGCACCACCAGUUGUCAGUCACCAACAGCAGUUACAGUCUACGAAUACCACUACAAAUAAACUUCCAAGUAUUAAUACAUCUCAGCAAGUCCAGUCUGAUUCAAACAGCACCAAUAAAGUAUUAAAUAUUAAUAUUCUUCAAUCAUAUACGAUACAGGGUCCUCAGAACAAAGUAACGAUUAGUCCAUCCCAGCCAUCAUCACAACCACAAAUACAACACACUCCUAGCCAAAGUGUUACCAGUUCCGGCACUAAAACAACUAUUACCCCAACAUCCAGUUCCCCUCAACAGCCGAAUCAGAGUACUGUCAACAAAAUAUCGAAUCCGCCGAUCAAAUCAAAACCUAGUACACCGAUAGGAUAUAAAACGUUGCGGGAUCCCCCGAAGAGUUGGAACUCUCAAAUUUCCAAAGCGAACCUGACGAAAUCUAGUCCAGAAGCAAAAUAUUCUGAUUUGAAAAACGUCAGGCCUGCUAAGUUCUUCAAGAUGAGGAACAAUAUGCCGAGAUAUUUGGGGAACCCAGCAUCUGGAGUCAAACCUAUGUACCAAGUUCACACGAGUCCUGACAAGGAAAAAGCUCCAGACGCAAAAUCAGACAAAAUGGAAAUAAGAAAACAUUCCAUCGUUAAAAUUGACCCGAAAACGCUAAAACCAGUGUCUGAAAAAGCCCCGGAAACGACAAGUCUCAGCAACCACACCUCUGUCCACCAAAACAUGGCUCCUCAAAAUUUAAACAGCCAUAUAUCGAGCCCGAUGUAUCCUACCCAGUGCCUAAAUAACAGUCCAAGUGUCACGAAUAGUGGUAGUAUGAAUCUACAGAAUGAUUUGAAGAUAAAUACAAGUUCCGUGUCGAUUUUCAACCCGCUCAAGCUGCAAAGCUCCCCUAAAAACGAGAGGAGAUCUCCCAAAAGUCCUCAUUCUCCAAAAUUAAAAACCAGUAGUACGAGUUCUCCGACGGGAAACAAAAGAGAUAAGGUAAACUUGAAUUUUACUCCUCCAAACCCCUUCGUGCCCAACCUCUCCUCGAAAACGAUCAGUCCAAAUCAAUUUAUGUACCCCGGAAUACCUCCCGGAUUCACCCCCUACGAUCCCAGAGUGAUGGCUGCCUAUUAUAAUCAAUGGUACGGACAGAGGAUACCGUUUGCUACUGGAGCUCUACCAGGACUUAGUCUAGACCUGAAUCAAAGGAAAGGUUUGGAGAUCUUAACUUCUCCGAGCAGCCCUAAGAUGGAUACGUUGGCACAAACGAUUCUCAAUCAUCAGCUGCCUACUAGACCUCCUUCUCUGACUUCCACGACCAUAUCCCCUCUCCCGAGACCUCACAACGUUCCAUCCCUCUCUAUCCCUACCAUCACGAAACCGGUGUCCACGAUGAAGAAGUCAUCGAAGGAAACGAAAAGCGAGAGGAGCCUAGAGACGGUUGUGGAGAAAAUGACGCAGAAUCGGAACAAAUUAUCAAAUAAAGUUCAAAAUGAUUCGUCGAAUCCUAGAACGAGGGAACCGGAAACGAAUAAGAUGGAGAUGCAGAAGAAUUCGCCGUCUAUAGUUGAUAGGGGAAUAGAUAAGGGAAGCGGCGGUAGUAGUUCGAGUGUAAAGAGGAUCGAGGAACGUAAAGUAGAGCUCAAUAAAAUCAACAACAUUAAUAACAAAGUUGAUAGCGAAACGAACCAAUUAUCGGAAGUUCCCUCAAAUGAUCUGUCAUCGAGCACUUCUGUUAGCAAUAGAACCGAAAAGAAGGAAGAUCCGCCAAAAGCUGUUAGUGAUACUAAAUCUCCCGCCAUACUUACCACACACACGACCGCCAGAGACCCAUCUGAACGACGUACGGAAAAACUCGAGAAUGUCAGACAUGUAGUGUCUGACACAAUGUGUCAGACAAACAAUGUACAGACAAACUCAAACAAACAGAAAGAAGAGAAAGAGAAUCGGGCGGAUGUGGCUGUUAGCGACCGAAACAGUUUGAAUGAGGACGCGUGUGGUAAUCAGACGGAGGUGAAGGAAAAAGAGUGAGGGACUGUUGAAUAUUUUCAAUAUUUAGUGAUAUCAAUAACAAAGUAGUCAUUUCAGAUAACUUUUUGCUGGCGAUGCUUUCAAUUUUUUCGAACAAGAUUUUUUCGAGACUGUCGACACUUUCUGUGUGAGGUAAGACAUAUAUUAUGAAAGAGUUACAAAUAUAGUAAUGACAUUACCUCUGUGUUUUUGUAAGUUUAGAAUUACGAGAUAAAGUGUAAUAUUCUAACAAAACGGUCAGACAUUACUAAACGUCUACAUCAGGAAUUUAAAUAAUACAAGAAAUGAAGUAAAAUGAAUUAGUCGCGUCAUUUUAUGAUGUCACAAAUGAAUUAGUUAGCAUCAUUUUUGCAAAGGACCCCGCACAAACCUUAUGGAAAAUAGGUCCCAGUGGAUUUCGUUCAUACUUUGGGAAAAUACUCUUUGAAGCAUCCUGAUAAAACGUUCUCAUGGGCACAACUCAAUCGUAUGAAGGAUUUUCAAGAUAUAGAGGCCCAAACUCGGAAAAUUAUAAGAUUUACGGGGUAUUCCAAUUCCGUGAGUUACUGGUUAUUUGGCAACAUGUAGAAGUUUGGAUCAAGGAAAAGUACUAGUAGUCUAGAAUUUUUUUCCUGGCUAUCCAAAGGCGACCUUUACUUUGACCUUGACCUUCAACGGACGUCAUCUUCUAGAGUUUCGAGGGUUUUCGGCAUUCAAUUGAUAUAAACAGAUUACUCAUGGCUUUUUGGGAUCGCUAAACACGAAUAUGCCAUCAGAAUUGCCCUCCGCUUGACGUGGUGGCCAGGGCCACUGCAAGGGACGUCAUCUUCUAGAGUUUCGAUAGUUUUUGGCAUUUAAUUGAUGCAAAUGAAUUACUGGAGGGUUUUUUGAGGUCGCUAUACACGAAUAUGCCACCAGAACCGACUCCCGGAGCACCUGAUUUCCAAGGUCAAUGAAAGGGGCUCCUGGAGUUACAACAAUAACGAAUAUAGAUAUUGACACAAACUUGCAGAUGUUAUUUUGAUCCCAACCCCUGUAACCUGUCCUUUGUACGUCCUUUAUACCGUUUUCAAAGUCAAAAAUAUUAAUAAAAUAACUAUAUUGUGCUCUUCAAUUGUUUUAAUUACUUAUAAAAAAUAUAAACUCAAUUUAUAUCUGACAAUGUUUUUCCUUCCUUUAUUUUAAUAUCGAUUUACUACAUUCUAUUUUGAUAGUGGUAUUCAUCGUGGCCACUAGAUACUCCAGAGUCUUUUAUCUAAGUCAUAUUCUUGUUCGGCAACCCUAAAAACACAAGAGUAAUCCGCUUGCAUCAGUUUAGUACCGAAAACUCUCGAACCCCCAGAAGAUUACGUGCCUUAGGCACCAGGUACCCCGGUGUCUGUUCUGAUGACGUAUUUGUGUUUAGAAGCCCCAAAAACUAAUGAGUAAUACCCAUCUGCAUCAAUUUAAUGCCGAAACCUGUCUAAACUCUAGAAGAAGAUCUGCCUUAGGCACCAAGUGCUUCGUGGAUCGGAUAUGAUAUCGAAUUCACGUUCAGCAGCCCCAAAAACCUGUGAGUAAUCAGUUUACAUUAAUUUAGUACCGAAAGCUCUCGAAUCUCCAAAGCAUCACGUGCCUUUGGCACCAGGUACUCCGAUGUCUGUCCUGAUGGGGUAUUCGUGUUCAGCAACUCCAAAAACCUAUGAGUAAUCCGUUUGCAUCAAUGUAGUACCAAAGACCCUCGAAACUCCAGGAGCCCCUUUCAUUGACCUUGGAAGCCAGGUGCUCCGGGAGUCGGUUCUGGUGGCAUAUUCGUGUUUAGCGACCUUAAAAAACCCUCCAGUAAUUCAUUUGCAUCAAUUAAAUGCCGAAAACUAUCGAAACUCUAGAGGAUGACUUCCCUUGCAGUGGCCCUGGCCACCGCGUCAUCCGAAGGUCAAUUCUGAUGGCAUAUUCGUGUUUAGCGAUCCCAAAAACCCAUGAAUAAUCUGUUUAUAUCAAUUUAAUGCCUAUAAAACCCUCGAAACUCUAGAAGAUGACGUUCGUUGAAGGUCAAGGUCAAAGUAAAGGUCGCCAUUGGAUAGCCAGGAAAGAAUCCUAUACUACUAGUACUUUUCCUUGAUCCAAACUUCUACAUGUUGCCAAAUAACCAGUAACUCACGGAAUUGGAAUACCCCGUAAAUCUUAUAAUUUUCCGAAUUUGGGCCUCUAUAUCUUGAAAAUCCUUCAUACGAUUGAGUUGUGCCCAUGAGAACUUUUAUCAGGAUGUUUCAAAGAGUAUUUUCCCAAAGUAUGAACGAAAUCCACUGGGACCUAUUUUCCAUAAGGUUUGUGCGGAGUCCUUUAGUAAAAAAAUUAGUGUCUCAAUUAUUUUCAAUGGCUUACAAUUUUCUUUGGCAGCUUCAAGUUUCUUCAACAGUUUGAUGUUUUCUGAGGAAGCUUCCAGAUGGCUUCAACUACUUAAACUUUUUUCACAGUGGCUUAAAGUUUCUUAGGCUAUUAACUUUUUUCAAUAUUUUCUUUCAACUUCAAGUUUUCGACAUACGUCAAAGCUUCGAGGUUACUUCAGUAGUUUCAAGUUUUAUGUCGCAGUUCCAAAUUUCGUUCAGGAUGGCUUUAAACCUUUUUCAGUAGCUGAAAAUUUCUUUUUUCAAUCGUUCUUUAACAGUUUGAAGUUUUAUGUAACAGCUUCGAAUAACAGUUUUAAAUUUUCUCUAACAACUUCAAGUUUUCUUAAAAGACUUCAUCGUUUUCGCAUUGUUGUUAAGUUUUCUUUUAACAACCUCAGGUUUUUAAACCUAAAAGCUAGAUUCUUCAAUAAUGUAAGAUUCUGCGUAGCUUCAAAUUUCGUUUUGGGUCGCUUCCAGCUUCCUUCAUUAGCUAGAAAUUCUGUUCCAGGUGUUUUAAAAUAUAUUGAAUAGUUUAAUUUUUUUUUCUCAGCCUCUUCAAGCUUUCUUUAACAGCUUCAAGUAUUUUUUAACAAUUUCAAAUGUUUUUCAAUAGUUGUACCUUUUUCUCUAUACUUUUUUUCUAUAAUUUUACGAAAGUUUUUUCAAAACCGCCUCCUAACAGUUGGUUUUUCAAAAACUUCAACAAAAAUUCAAGUCAAGAAACUAUCACCCAUCAAAACAAAUUAAAACUUUUAUUGUCAUUGACAGCAAAGUAUUAACACUCUCGAAAAAAUUGUUUUUAUGAAAAACCAAAAUAAAAAUAAUAUAAUCAAUAAGUUCCAACAGAUAUCAUAAGUAUACUUCUAAUUUACAGAGACCUACAACGGGAUGUCAUAAAGUACAGUCAUGAGUGUUGAUAUUGUUGAAAGUAUAUGAAUCACAAUGCACCAAAUGUAGCAAACCACCAAAACAGUACAAAUUUUCUAUCAGUUUAAAAAGAAGAAGUUUCAAAUCGAUAAAUACUACACUUGAGAGCAAAACAAUCGACUCACUCGCUGAAUUGUACACGUUAGAUACCUCGAAUUUUCUAAACCUGUUGUCCAAUUGGAGUGAUUUUUUAGUAUGUUAUAGCCUUAUUAUUUAAGAAAAUCGAUGUAAUAAUAUUGUUGCUAGACAGGUAAAUGUCAUUUUAUACUAGGUGUAACAAUGGUAUUGUGUUUUUUUCUUAAAGUUCGGAACACCCUGUGGAAUAUUCUAGCAUACAUAAAAUAUUUAAAUUAAAACUCAAUUAUUGUAGCCUUAGCCUUUCGCAACAUUUUGUUUUUUUAUUCAUUCGCUAAUGUUCGAUAAUAAAAGAGAAAUGUACUUUUAUAUUACAAAUGAGGUAUGCUAUUUGGUCUUGAUCAAUAUCAUUCCAAAUCUCGAGAGCUACUGUUUCUACCUCUUGCAAGGUUCUAGGAGGUGGCAAACGCUGUCGUAGUCUUCUGCCAAUUAUGUCCCACAAAUGUUCGAUCCGGUUAAGAUCUGGACUAUGCGAUGGCCAAUUAUUCAAAAUCCGAAGAUUUGCCUGUUGUAAAUAUUCGGUUACAGUUCAUGAACGUGAGGUCUUGCAUUAUCGUGCAUUAGCAAAACAUUGUUACCAAUAUAAAGAGCCGAUAGUAUGGUAGCUAAGUGCUUCGCUAUGCAAGAUCACUGCUUGAGCAUACUCAUCGCGGUUCAAAUUCCUGGUAGCGCGUUCCAUUUCCACCAAAAAACAAAAAAUAAUACGGACUUAAUUGAAACUUUAAAUAAUAAAUUACUAAAAAUAAAAUAAAAAUUCCAUUUUUAUUCAGUUGCAAUGCGAAGGCAACAAUUUCUGUUGGAAUUUACCAGCUGAACAGACGGGGUCGUGAAUUGUAAGUUUUUGAAUUCCCUCUUGUCUUCUUCGCUUCAGCAUCCAUCUGGCUUGCAAAUUUUAGAAGCCAUGGAGGUGUUACCAAGAAAAUGAACCAAUAAGUUUUCAAUUUAAAAAUCUUUUAGUAAUAUUUUAAUAUUUUUAAAUAUUAUUAAUACUGCUAUUAGGAUUGAAAACUACUUCAUCUUUCAAUUGCCAGAUGACGCUAGUCACCUAGCCCAUUCACGUCAGUUGCGGUGUGGGGGAUAAACUCUCGGUGUUGGUCAAUUGGAGUAUGGAGUAGCGGGCCUACAUUCUCUCCGAUGAGACUCCAACAAGAGUCGAACAUCGUCGAUUCAGAGGGCUGGACUGCGCUCCGUAUUCUAAUUGAAAAAUAAGAUUGUUUUGCCUUCGCAUUGCAACUGAAUAAAAAUGAAAUUUUUAUUUUAUUUUUAUAUUGGUCGUUACUUCUGUGACUAACUAGGUCCAUUUUCUGUUGGAAUUUACCAGCUGAACAGACGGGGUCGUGAAUUGUAAGUUUUUGAAUUUCCCCUUGUCUUCUUCGCUUCAGCAUCCAUCUGGCUUGCAAAUUUUAGAAGCCAUGGAGGUGUUACCAAGAAAAUGGACCAAUAAGUUUUCAAUUUAAAAAUCUUUUAGUAAUAUUUUAAUAUUUUUAAAUAUUAUUAAUACUUCUAUUAGGAUUGAAAACUACUUCAUCUUUCAUAUCUCACAUAGAUUUAAGAAGCCCGAGAUGUAACAUGAACCUAUUUAGAUAGCUGCGCGAAUGUUGCCUUGUUUCUAAACAGAAUUGCAGGGGUGGGGAGCUUCUACAUAAAUGAAACAGAGUUGGAUUCAGAAUAAUUAAUAAUAUUUAUUGAAUUAGUUCCGAAUAUAACACAAAUUAAUAUACACUUAUUUAACUAAUUACACUAAUCGUAUUGACUAAUCACAAAAAAACAACAUAAAGUUUUACAAUAAAAAUAAUCAAUGAUCAAAAUCUAAAAAAUAUUUUCAUUGUCCAGAGAAUAAUGUCAUUUUAUUAUGAAAAAUUCUUUUACUUUUACUAGUAUCUAUAAUUGUUUUAUUAUAAUGAUGAAUUCGGACGUUAAUGUAGGUGAAAAUUAUUAAUUUUAAUAAAUGGGAAUAAUGUGACUCUAAAAAGGAAUAAUGUUUGAAAUGGUUGUUUAAGUUCUUAAAUAAUAAUUGUUCUGUUAAUUCUUUUAAUAUUUGGACAUUAACAAUAUUAACAUUAAUACUUUUAUUAAUGUUUAUGUGGCACUGUAGCACUUUUUCGGCAGUAGAGCAAAUAAUAACAACAUCGUUGGAUGGAUAAGUUAAAUUUAAUGUAUCUCUUUGGUUGAUGAAUGAUGUCAACAAGUCUGCUCGGUCUCCUAUAAAUGCGUUUACACAGUCUUCACAUUUCAAAAUUUUCGAUAUUUUAUAAACGACAUAUCCUGAAAUGUAUAUAAUAACUUCUCUCUUGUAAUGUGUAAAUGAUAAGUUCCUUAAUUGAAGUGAUAUAAAAUUCGUAUUGGAUAUGUCAUCGUUUUCAUCAACACAUUCGUCUUCAACAAUUCGUUCUUUGCCACAAGACUUAUUAAUUAUUUUUUCAGGAGCCAUAACUGUAAUCAGUUCUAAAGGAAUACCCUCUAAAACUAUCCCUUAGUUCUAAAUGUUUUAACAUUUUUUUAUAAGCUGCCUUAAACUGUUUAGCAGUUGGAUUAUUGUUAUAACCCCCCAUUGAUCUAAUUAACCCAAAAAAAGUUCUGAUCUUGACUUAAUUUAUAGGUUGGAAUAUACACUAAUAAAUUUGUUUCCACUAAUUGUUUGUACAAAUGUUGAAGACUAUUAAUACAAAAUAGAAAUCCCAAAACUCCCAUUUUUCUCUUGCUUUCGCAAAGCUUUACCCCGUUAACUAAAGUUAAUGAUUUUAAAUAUUCAGCAGUUUCGGUUAAAAAGUCAUUAUUUUGAUAUAAUUCUCUGUAUUUAAAGGCUUUUUAUAAUCUUUUUGUGACAUAUUUCUAGAAUUAAAAACAUCAAACAAAUUAUUUAAGAUACGAAUAAAAUUGACCGUAGCAGCAGAGUUACUAAAUUGUUGUAACUGUAAAACUUGUGUUGAAUAUUCAAUAGCAUGUGCCACAGAGUUACUAAAUAAUUGUGUUGCCAACCUUACUUUCAUUUUUUGUUUUUUAUAAUUAAUAUGAGAUUUUUUAAGUUUAUUUCGUAAAUGAACCCCCUCUUCCGCUUGGAGUUUAUUUAAUUCCUUAAUAUAUUUCCACUCUACAGUUUCACCAUUAUCAUUAUCAUCAACUAAAAUUAGUUUAUCUCCUAGUGUGUUUCUUAAUAAUUUUAUCAUAUGACACGGGUCGAACAGAACUGCAAUUUCUUUAUUUGAAUUUUGUAAAGUAAAUGUAGAUUUUAAUGAAUUUAAUUGAAAACUACACCCUAACUCCUUUACCAUUGUCACAUUAUUUGAUGCACCAUCAAAAGUUACUGAUAUCACUUCUACACCAGAUUGAUUUACCAAAUUUAAGCAUUGUAAUAUUAAAUUUUGUUUUUGUUUGCCAGUUAAUGAAUCAAUUAAGAAAUACCCUACGGGAAGUUUCCAAGAGCUAUUAAUACAUACUAACAUAAAUACUAUUGCUUCCUUGGCAAUUGAAUGACAAUCCGUUUGUAAGUCAACUCCAUAAUCUACAUAUCCAUAAUAUCACACACUCUUGAUUAUACACCAUCAAAUUAAAGUAAUGUAUCAAAAGUAACUGUAUUAAUCAGUAAUAAUGACUAACUUAUGUUUACUUGCUUUAUUUACUUUAUCACCCUGUAUAAUGAUUAUGUGAGAAGUUUGAUGAAAUAUGGUGUCUAAAUUUUUGUAAUAUUUUUUAAGUUAUAUUACAUUGCAUUAAUAUAUAUUUAGAAUAAACAACUAACAGACUACGACAUCUUGAGCAUAUACAUAUAUAAAAAAAUAAACAAAGCAAUACAAUGCUAAAAUAAGUAACUCGGUACUUUUUACAAUUACAAACAAUCGGGCCUAAUACCACCCUGGCCCUGGUGUCGAAUGUAAACAAACCGGCGCGGCAUUUGAAUUUAAAUACUGUUCAAUACUUACGUAAACAAAUGAAUACUUCUUUUAUCACGUCGGCAUACUUUAGUUUUGUUGUAUACACAUUGUUUUACAAUACAUCGACUCAUUUUGACACUAAAAUCACAAAAAAAAAAACAGAAACUAUUUUGAUAUUCACAAUUUAAUUGCUUGCGUUAACCUUCAACGGCACGAAACAAAAUAUGAGCUUCGAACAUUAUCGGCGGUUCUCGUCACGAUACGAUGCUAAUGUCCACUCCAAUUGGUGGAAUAGCGUAGGUAGGGAUAAUGAAGAAUUUGGCACGCUGCGCAAUGAACCAUGUUACAUCUCGGUGUUUUCAUUAAUCUAAGAUAUCUCAUCAAUAAAUUACUAAUUUACACAACAAACCAGACACUUUUUGACAGUUAACAAUUUGACAUUCAUUAAAUUGUUAAUUUCUCAUCAUAACCUACUUUAGGCUUGUUUAUUAAACUAAGCAGAAAAUGAGGAUUUAUUGAUGAAAAACUUGCUAGUUGUUAACGUACCUAACUUUUUUAUUAUCCAACAUAAGCAAAUGAAUCAAAAAGAAAAUGUUAAUAAAGCCUAAGGCUACAAUUGAGUUUUAAUGUAAAUAUUUUAUAUUCUUCUUCUUCUUUUUGUAUAGACAUGACUGUCUGUAUUUUUCAAUGUGCCUCUAGUGUCUUUCCAUCGUUUUCGUGGUCUUGAUUACCCUAUUUAUUGUCAUUCGGCUUAUGUGGUCAUUCCAUUCUAUUCUUCUGUUUCUUACCCAGUCAUUAAUGUUAUCCACCUUGCAUCUCCGUCGUAUAUCUGUGCUUCUAGCUCUGUCCCAUAUAGACUUACCAUCGAUUAUUCGAAGGGUUUUCAUCUGGGCUGUUUCGAGCAAUCUUUUUGUCCUCUCUGUGUCGGGUGGUGUUUCUGCCGCGUAUGUCAUCGUUCUGAUGACUGUUUUGUAAAUUCUGCCUUUCAUUUCUUUUCCGAUCUUUUUCACUUCUGUUUCGAUCCCCCCGUAGCUAGAUAGUGUGAUGCCUAGGUAUUUAAACUCCAUCACUUGUUCUAUUAUCUGACCUUCCAGCUCCAAUUUACAUCUUAUUGGAUCUGCUGUUAUAACCAUGCAUUUUGUUUUUUUUUUGAGGAAAUUAAAUUUUCUGGCGAUUAUCUUAAAUUGGUGCAGCAUACGUUGUAAAUCAUCUUCUUUUUGAGAGAUUAGUAUUGCAUCGUCUCCAGCAAUGGAGAAAAAACUUGAAGCCUUCGACAUUUGGUAUACAGGCGAAUCCUAAGGAUAUCCUGGACGGACAAGAUAACCAACGAGACCGUAUUACGAAGAGUGGGCAAAGAAAGAGAGGUGAUGUAUACCAUUAAAAGGAGAAAGUUAGAAUAUCUCGGACACAUAGUGAGAAACGACACUAAAUACAGAUUACUGAAGGUAAUCCCUCAAGGUAAAGUAUUCGGAAAGCGAGGAGUUGGGAGAAGAAGAAUAUCAUGGUUAAAGAACCCGAGGAAAUGGUUCUCCACAACAACAACUAAUCUAUUUAAAGCAUCAGUUAAUAAAAUAAUUAUAGCCAGAAUGAUCGCCAAUAUUCUAAACGAAUAGGCACUAAUAAAAGAAGAAGUAUUGCAUCGUCUGCAUAGCAGAUUAUUUUAAGUUGUUUUUCUCCCAUUUGGUAUCCUUUUUUAGUUCUUACUUUUUUUAUUAUUACGCCCAUGAUCAGGUUGAACAAUAAAGGACUCAAGGAAUCCCCCUGUUUUAUCCCAUUGCCGGCUUCAAUUGGGUCAGUUAGUUCAUCUUCCACUUUUACUUUUAUUGUGUUGUUCUGGUAGAUGUUUUCGAUCGUUUUAAUUAUUCCUAGAGGUACCUCUCUCGAAUAUAACAAAUUGAUAACGUCCUUUAAUGUGACCCUGUCAAAUGCUUUCUUAAGGUCCACGAAACAUAAAUAUGCCGGUUUGUUGUAUUCCAACGAUUUCUCUUGAACUUAUCUCAUUAUAAAUAUAGCGUCAGUGCAUGACCUUCCCGACCUAAAACCUUGUUGUUCUUCUGCUAACGGUAUAUAUGUAUGCUAGAAUAUUCCACAGGGUGUUCCGAACUUUAAGAAAAAAAUACAUUAUGAUUGUUACACCCGGUAUAAAAUGACAUUUACCUGUCUAGCAACAAUAUUAUUACAUCGAUUUUCUUAAAUAACAAGGCUAUAACAUACUAAAAAAAUCACUCAAAUCGGACAACAGGUUUAGGAAAUUCGAGACUUCCAACGUGUACAAUUCAGCGAGUGAGUCGAUUGUUUUGCUCUCAAGUGUAGUUGCAGUUUAUUUUGUGACAUCUCGUAUAGUAAAAUCGUUAUCUAUAGCAUUGUGCUUCGCUGUUAUGUUUCUAUUUAAAUGGGUGAGAAACGCUGCAUUGAAACUGAUUGUUUGAAGUCCAAAUUUAUAAUUAAAAAUAAUGCGUCUUCCAUUUUAUCAAAAGUUUCAUAACUAGUAUAAAUACUGCCUCAUUCCCUACACGAAGAUCGUCGAUUUUGGCUAUGUUGACAGUGUUGCCAGUCUAUUAAUAUUUCAUAAAGUGGGACCACCCAGUACAAUUGUUUUGGAACUGUAUUACAUUUCCUACAAACAAAAUUGUGACUUAGGUAGCUCAGAUGUGAGUAUAUCUACCUUUGGUGGCGACUGAUGUGGAUUUGUUUCCUACUACAAAACUAUACUUUAUUUGUUCGUAACUGGUAGUUCAUUACAAAUAUGAGAAUCUUCACUAAUCUGCAAACAGCAGGUAGAGUGGUCAAACUGAAAAUACCCAACAUAAUAUGAUCUCCUGUUGAAACGUAGUUUUAGAUUUUAUUUUUCAAUGAGCCCUCCCUGGUUACAUAGGUAUAACAUAGAAACCCAUGAAUUAUAUACCUAACAAGUAUGAAAAUCACUAACCAGUGUUGGAGAAUCAAAAAGGGACAGACUUAUAUGUUUAAAUGAUGAAAAUACACAAACAAAAGCACAAAUCACGACAGACAAGGCAAAGAAAAAGGAAUUGAGCAAUAAACCUGAAAUAGACACAAGAGAGAACAUAUUUAUAGGAGCAUGGAAUGUAAGAACCCUACACGAAACCUGGGAACACAGAUGUAAAUGACAAACACGAAAAGGGAGUGGCAAUACUGCUAGCCCAAAAGGGGAGAAAGGCUUUUGUAGAGUGGGAACCAGUGUCAGAAAGGAUUAUUUGGGCGAGACUGAAGGCAAGAUAUUAUAACAUAAUAGUAAUAAAUGUAUAUGCUCCUACGAAUAAAAACGACGAAAAUGAGAAGGAAGAAUUUUACGAGCAACUACAAACAACGUUCAAUAGGAUUAAUAAUAAAUAUAGAAGAGAUAUAAAAAUAGUAAUCGGAGACUUUAAUGCUAAAAUAGGAAAUGAUAAUACAGGACAUGAACAUGUGAUGGGAAAGGAGGCAAUCGGAGAGAGAAACGACAAUGUAAAUCGAUUAAUUGAAUUUUGUGAGCAAAAUGAACUUUUAAUAGGCGGAAGUAUCUUUAAACAUAAGCGGAUACAUAAGGAAACAUGGAAAUCACCAGGAGGGAGAAACAAGAACCAAAUAGACCACAUAAUAAUUAAAUAUAAAUGGAGAAGCUGGCUGCAAGAUUUCAGGAGCUUAAGAAGUGCUGAUGUGGGGUCAGACCACAUGCUAAUCAAAGCGAGACUAAAAAUGAAAUUAGCCAGAGAUAAAAACCAAAAUAUCAGCAGAAGGAGCAAGUACAACGUUGAUGCCCUAAAACAAGAAUGUAUAAGAAAUAAAUCCAGUGAGAAACUGGCAAUUAACCGAACAGUAUCACAACAAACUGGAGAGUCAGUCGAAGAAACAUGGAAAUAUUUUAAAGAAGUGAUGAUAGAUACAGCAAAAGAAACAAUCGGAUUAAAAAGAAGACAAAAUAAAAAAUGGAUUACUAAAGAUACACUACUACUGAUAGAAGAAAGAAAAAAAAAAUCAACGAAAUUCUACAAAAAGAAGGAUCGGAAGAAGAGAGGGCACUUGAAAGGAAAUACAAGGCAAAAAACGCAGAAGUAAAAAAAACAAGCCAGAAAAGAUAAAAGAAAAUAUAUAUAAUAUAUAAAUGAGAUGCUACAUAAUACAUCAGAAGAAGCAGCGAAAGAAAACGAUUUACGAACACAAUAUACGAGAAGUAAAGGAUAAACAAGGAAAUAGAAUAAAAAACGAGAAAGAAAUAAUACAAAGAUGGAAGGAAUACUUCGAAGAGAUAUAUGCUAAGCAUGAAAUAACUUAAAUCAUAGAAGAUGAAGUAGAAUUUAUAGAAGUGAAUAUUGAAGAAAUUACAAGGGAAGAAAUUGUAAACACCCUAAAACUUCUAAAAAAUGGCAAAGCCGCAGGAAUCGACAAUAUACCCAUUGACAUAAUAAAAGCAGGCAUCGAGCAGUCAGUAGACAUGCUACAUACACUUUUGAAUAAAAUAUGGACGGACGAAGAAUUGCCAAAGGAGUGGAAAGAGGGAUUGAUUAUAAAAAUACCCAAAAAAGGUGACCUGAGCAAAUGCAACAAUUGGCGUGCAAUAAGACCCCUAAGUACCACAUAAAAGUGCUUACCAAAAUCAUAUUGGAAAGAUUGAAGCCGGAACUAGAUAAAAAACUGAGAAACAACCAAGCAGGCUUCCGUUCCAACCAUUCCACUAUUGAUCACAUUUGCACCCUUAGAAUUAUCUUGGAACAAAUAAAUGAAUGGAAAAUCUAUAUAGUCCGUCCGCUAUAACUUUUCCAAUGCGGUACGAUUCAUUUUCAAUCAAAUUAAGUCAAAACAGAAAGUGAAACGUACGCCGAUGUGUGUAGUAUAUAGUAUACAGUAUACAAAAUGUAUAUACACAUCGACGUUCGUUUCAAUUUAUGUUUUGACUUAAUUUGAUUGAAAAUGAAUCGUACCGCAUGGGAAAAGUUAUAGCGGACGGACUAUAUGUCAGUUUUAUCGACUUCGAAAAGUCCUUUGACCGUGUUAAUAGGGCACAGAUGUGGAAAAUCCUUAGAUUAUAUGGGAUACCACUAAAAAUACUAAUGAAUUCAUAUGAUAUUUUUUGACUUGUUUUGUAGUAAAUUCAAACAAGUCAAAACUAACAUAUGAAAACAGGAGGUGACCAUAAAAAAGGUUUUUUGUCUAUCUUACAAAAUUCAUGAAAAAGCAGAUAUGAGGUAUUGUCACAUCACCGACGCGCGACGACAGGUGCUUUCUAUUUUCUUAUUAUUAUUAGUGUUAAUCGUUUUUAAUUUUGUGGGGUCUUGUUUAUGUAUUUAAUGAACAAGCUGGCUUCCGCCCUCAUCGAAGCUGUACGGACCAAGUGCUGUCAUUAACAACUUUUAUAGAAGCUAGUUUUCAAAAGAAACAAAAGACAGCAACAGUAUUUAUAGAUCUAACAGCAGCAUAUGAUACUGUUUGGAGACAGGGAUUAAUAUAUAAACUGGCCCGCAUUGACAACAUGCUGACCAACAGAGCCUUCCAGGUUAUAAUGGGAAAGGAGACGAGUAGACAGAUGAAACUUAACAAUGGUCUUCCACAGGGUUCUGUCCUUGCCCCUUUACUUUUCAGCCUGUAUAUUGCUGACAUGCCUGAAACCGAAUCUCGGAAGUUUAAAUAUGCUGACGACUGGACCCUUGCAACAAGCCACCAAUCUUUAGAAACUACAGAAAUCACUCUCACGAAUGACUUAUCCAUCCUCAGCGAAUACCUUAAGAAAGUGAGACUACAGCCAAGUACUACAAAAACUGAAGUAUCAGCUUUUCAUCUAAACAACAAGUUGGCAAACAGAGAAUUGCGAGUGUAUUUUAAUAACAAGCUGUUAAAACACAAUAAAUACCCGAAAUACCUUGGGGUUACUCUAGACAGAACGCUCACAUUCAGAGAACACCUGACGAAAACAGCAGCAAAAUUGAAAACACGCAACAAUAUAAUACAGAAACUCUGCGGCACUACAUGGGGGUCCACAGCAUCAACAUUAAGAUCCUCUGCUCUUGGCCUGAUAUAUCCGGUGGCAGAAUACUGUGCUCCAGUGUGGCUAAAUAGCAGGCAUACCCACCUGGUCGACACCCAACUAAACCGUACUAUGCGUAUGAUAACAGGCACAAUUAAGCCCACCCCUACAAUGUGGCUACCUACCCUUAGUAAUAUAGCACCACCCAACCUACGCCGCGAACAUGCAUUGGUUAAAGAAUAUAACAAAAUAAUGGACAGUCGCCAGCUUCUAGUCCACAACGACAUCCCCGAUAUUCUUGGAAACCGUCUCCGAUCCAGGUUACCCCCUCUACAAUCUGCUCAAGCGCUGCAGCAAUCCAACUUUGACUUAAAUACCCGAUGGAGAGAAGAUUGGGAAAGUAGGACAGAUCCGCAUUACCAUAGUCUACCGGACAUCAUAGGGAAACCUGGCGAAUUUGAACGUCCCCGUAAGAUUUGGGCAGCCCUUAAUCGAAUUCGAACAAACUGUGGAAGAUGCGCCGACUCCCUCCACAGAUGGGGUAAACUCCCCUCGCCUUCUUGUGACUGCGGCGCUGCAAGACAGACGAUCAGUUACAUUGUUCAGGACUGCCCACGUAGAGCAUACACAGGCGACCCUAUAGACUUUGUAAUGGCAACCGAAGGGUCAAUCGAAUAUAUAAAAAAAUUGGACAUCUGUUUGUGAUGCAUUGUAUAAUGCAUAAAUCUAAAUAUAUUCUGUGAUAUACUUAAGCCAUACGCUAAAUAAUAAAAAAAAAAUAAAAUAUGUAUUUAAUAUGUCUAACUAAAAAAAUAAUGCAUAACUCAUAAUUAAAAAAAAAUCUUAUUGCUUUUAACUGCAUCCGCACAGCAAUAGUUUAUGGCCUUUGUCAACUAACCCUUAACCUCUAUUUGAAGAUUUGCAUUUGCAAUGAGCUGCCAGUUGCCGACAUAUAGCCUUUAAAAAGUAUUCAGGUCACUCUCGGAAGGCAAAUAACAAAAUCACCAAGUUUGACUUGUCAGUACAGUUCUUCUACAUUUAGUAAUUCAGAAUCGACGUUAAACUGUCGGUCCUGUAUAUCUGUGUACCCUUAAUAAUAUACAACACAGAUAUAUGCAGAGAAGCGGCCUACGCUCAACAUUGGGUAUGGCAGAUUUUCAUUUUCAUGUACAAAAUUAUUCCACCAGUUACUCUAAAGCCUAGGUUUCAAUGCAGCUAGUACUUACAGCGCUGUGGUCUUCUAAAAACGGCUAGUGUCAUUAAUUUGUAUAAGAAAAAACAAAGUUUAUCGGGUAUUUAUAUUAUUUUACAUCGUUUUUCGAAAAAAGUGCCUGGGUCCAGUAGUAGAGAUCGGUUCUGUACAUUAUUAUUGUAAAUUAGCAGCUCUGAGGUGCCUUUGAGAAGAAUUUUAUUUUGUAGACUUUAAGCUUAUGUAUAAAAACUUAAAAUAUCAACCUUCAGUCUUAAAUCAAUACUCUGCUUCGGUAGGUACACUAAGUUUGUUGAUUUUUUCCUUGAGCCAAAUAGGAAAUGUAAGUUCGCCCCCUUUUUUUCUUUAAGUAGCGAGUUUUAGUUUGGGGGAAAAUGAAUAAUAUAAAAAGUUGUAUAUAGGAUAUGCACAAAUUGUUUUUACAAAAGAUCACAAUUUCUUUCAAUUUUAUUCACAAAAUACAGACAGUGCAGAAUUUAGUCUACGGGCAAAGAGGAGUUUUGUGGACGAUUGAGGUCCAUGAGAUUUUACAACUGAUUUUUUGUAUUUUUGUAAACUUGUAUUUCUUUAAAUUUGCAGACAUUUUCAAUUUUGGACCACAUUUUCCUUUGAGGAAAAGAAAACAAUAAAGUUAUUGACAAAAAAGUCGUUUAUCAAGGGUUGCUUGGCAAGAAUCCAUUGUUUAAAAAUCUUCGAAUAAAAUUCAAAGAAACAUAAUUUUGAAAAUCAGAGUAUACUAAAAAAAUUAUAAGUAUUAAUAAUGGGAGUAGCCGCCUCUGGCCCUAAGGACUUCUUGAAGCCGGUUCGGCAAUCCAUUUAUGAUAUCCUGAUCCUGGAUAUCCGAUUGGGGAAUAUUGUGCCACUCCUCUACCGCAGCCGUCUUCAGCUCUCCGAAGGAUGUGGGGGUUGGUACUCUUGCUCUUACCCGUUUUUUGGGUUGUCCCCGAUGUGUUCAAUCGGGUUAACAUCGGGACUUCGUGCCGGACAUGGUAAAACUUGAAUCCCGACCUUAUUAAGGUACUUAUGAGAGAAUCUUGCUGUAUGGCAACGUGUUUUGUCAUGCAUUAAUCUAAAGUUUUCAUCAAUCAACGGUGCGAAAGGCAUGACAUGGUCUUGGAGAAGUUCUUUCACGUAUCUUUGAGCAUUCACACUAUCUCUAUCGAACACAACAAGAUCAGUACGAUCUACGUAAGAGAUACGUCUUCAAAUCAUUGUUAACCCUUCUCGGUAAACCACUGUUUCAGUUAUAGUGCAUGGAGUAAACCUUUUAUUUUGACGGCUGUAGAGACGCUGACUCCCAUCUGGACCUCUUAGGGCUAUUCUGCUCAUAUCUUAGAACAGUAUGCUCUUCCAUUUCACCACAGCCCAGUCAGCAUAUUCUCGCACAAAAGCAAGUCUCUACGGUGUUGUGUGACACGAGCUGGACAGUAUGCCCUAAAAUUUCUAUCUGCCAGCUUUCUUCUAAUGGUACUUUCACUCACACUAACAUUUCUCACCUCAAAAAGACGCGUACGAGCUUCAGGAACGGUGCAAAAGCGAUUUCUCAACACGUUGCUGACAAUGAAGCUCCCGAAAUCGUCUGAUAACAUCCCAUAUCGUAGUUUAGCUCCUAAAGCCUAAUACCGCAUUUACACUGUCCUGUUGGACAGGGAAUUGGGCAGGGAAGUGGGCAGCGUGAAUGUGUAAAUAGCUUACUCGCGCUGCUGCUGCUCAUGCUACUGCCAUUGCACGGCGCUCGCCAAAAAGUCGGUUUUCGGGAUGGAAGUCAAAGGACUGGCAGCGCGAGCGCGAGUGAGUAUUCACAUUCAACUACUCUCUAAGCGGCAAGUGAGUAAGUGAGCAAGACGAUGCUGUCAUCACAUUCCAUUCUUGAGAGUCGUUCGGUAAAUGAGUUGUGAGGACAUUGGCGAGGAACUGAUGUGAACACCUCACUCGCGUCGAUAUCGUAUAUCGGGCAAUAUUUCCGGCAGCGGCAGCAGCAGUGGCAAUGGCUGAGUAUAAAUCCGGCAUAAGGCAGCAAACACCCAUUAUUAAUACUCGUAUUUUUUUUUAAUUAGGUUAUGAUUUUCAAAGUUAUGCUUGUUUGAAUAACGACUUUAAACGACUGAAUAACGUCCUUUGAUAAACGACUUUUUUUUCAAUAAUUGUAUAGUUUUCUUUACCUUAAAGAUAGUGUUUACCGUAUCCUUCGGUGAAUGUGGUUCAAGAUUUCUUUCAAUUUCUGCAAAUUGAAAGAAAUACAAUCAUUUCAAUGUUAUGGACCUUAAUCGGUCAGAAACUCCUUUUUCGGGGGGGGGGGGGUCUGUUUCUGAUCGAAUUUAUAUAGUUAUUUCGCUUGUUUUUAAAUCGUAAUCUGAGGAAAUUUCAGAUAUUUCUACGAAAAUGAUAUUUUGAUAUUUUUUCUUCUGUAAAUACAAUUUGCAGACACUCCAUAUUAUUUGUAAUAUAUCUGGGUGGAGAUUGAAUCUUAAAUUUAGUAAAGAAUAAUUCCGAAUUAUUUUUAUUGAUACUAACACGCGGGUGAACUUAUAUUUUGUAGGUAUUUGUCCGAUUGUUUUGAAUAUUUUUACUUUUUUUAUUAUUUAUUAAGCCAUUUUGUUUGAAAAACAUAAAAGUUGUCCGUUUUUUACAAACCAAAUACACUAUAAAAUGGCAAUAACAAAAAACUUAUGAAGUAUACAAAAACGGUUUUUUUUUUAAUAUUUGGUGGAAAGUUUUUAUCUGUUAUGUGUAAAAACAUUUUGUAUCUUUAUCGUUUAUAAUUGAAAAUCGUCACAAAUAAUCAGUAACAUUAUAAGACAUGAAUUAGUGACAGGAACAUUGUAAAUAUUUCGCUAAAUCAUUACAGUAUGUUUCAAACACCACAAAAGAAGGUAUCAGGGUUGUUCCUUUCGCAAUUUUUCCGCAAUUGUUUUGUUUUAGUAUUUGCUAUUAUUUGGCUUGCAACUUUGACGUAAAAAAAUUUACUGUAAAAAUUCUCAGCCUAUCAUUGAAAAAAUUGCUUUGAAUUUAUUUCUUAAUUCAAUUUUCUUUUAUUUUUUAUAAUCUACGUGGUUAGCCGUCUGGACUGUUAUUUUGAUCAAUAAUAAAAUUAUUGAACUGAUGUUUUGUCAAUCGAAGAAAUCUGCGCAGAAAGUCACUAGGUUCUUACUAAAGUGACACUCACAUUCUUCUUUAACCUUUAACUACACGGGCUGGCGUAUUUUGUACGCCAGAUAUAAGAAUUCUACUGCAAAUAUAUUUAAAAAUUAAAUUUUUGACCUUGUUUAUCUAUCUAACGUAUCACUGGAAUGUGCUUUACAAUUUGGUUUUAGUUUCGUUAUAAUCGGCGUUCUGGAAAGAUCGUAAUUUACAGUUUAUUAUUUGUUGUUUCCGGUGGUGAACAAUAUAAGCCACGAUUAUAUUAAUAUAAGUAGUAAUAUAAGUACAUAUUUCAAUUGUUUUUUAGUGAUUAUGGCACAAAAUAUAUUUUCUUUAUAAACAAUACUUUUUCUCCUGUAAAAAAUCACAUUUCAAAAAAUUUUUUAUUAGUAAUUUUAUUUAUCAUGGAAUCCAGUUAUUCCAUGAUUCCAGUUAUAAAUCCCAAUUGGCUUACUGAGAAGGAACUCCAAGUAUUCACUGAUGCCAAAUAAGGUUUAUAACAAACAACUAAGUGUAUUAAAAAAAAACAAAUCCGCUGUUUUUAAGUGUAUUUUCUUGUGGCGUAUAAAGUACGCCACGCGUGUAGUUAUGUUAUAACUUUAUGCGCGGGUAGUUAAAGGUUAAGUGUCUUGUCCUCCAAGAACAUUGGCGACUAGUCACACGAUCUUUACUUUUUCUGCACCAGACCUGAAUGGGUCGUGGUGCUGACUCCACUACUGGCAGAGGUUCUUGAGCGAGGAUGUUGUUCUUGGAUGUCUCGAGGCUGUCACCUCGAAAGAGUCCAUCGUUUUAUCUAUUGUGUCAGUGAGAGUCCAUUUUCCAUUCCAUAUAGCAGAAUGCUAAAGACAACGCAAUAAUCGCAUUAUUAAGGCAAUUCUUACCGCUCUGUUGGGUAUGACCGUUUGAUUCUUCGUAAAUUGUACUCUCUCCACUAUUUCUCUAUCUAUCCUGAUAUCAGUUAAACUGUGAGCUACAUUUUUGUUUUUGCUGAUGACUAUCCUUUUGUUUUUCUUUGUAUUAACUUUUAAACUUAUAUGUUUAUUGUGGUCUAUUACUACUGAAAGUAUCUGUAAAUCAUCUUUAUCCGUUGCUAGCAAAACUUUGUCAUCAUUGUAUGUAUAUGUUAAGUUGGACAUAAUUACUCCGUUUACAAUUAUACCUUCUGUUCUGCCUUCCACAGCUUCUCCGAAAAUAUUUUCUGCAUAUAAAUUAACAAAAGCGAAGAGAGCAAAAUUUAUAGAUACGCAAUUUUAAUAACUUGUCUAUUUUCUUCUUCUUACGGUGCUUGUCUGUUCCGAAUGUUGGUAAUCGACAUUGCUAUCCGUGAGUUGCUGGCAGCUAUUCUCUUGACACAUAUUUUGAUCUUUGGUUAUAACUAUGUCAAUUUUACUAUAAGUAUAGUACAUAUGUUUUGUAAUAGGUCUGUGAAUAAAAAAAAACGGUAAUUUCACUAACAUCAGUGCCAUCUAUGAGUUGUUCGCAGAACUUUUCACUUUGAAUUCAUAAACUUUGGCUUAUUAAUUUUUUCCAUGCAUUAUUUUUUUAUAAAAUCUACUUGAAAUGGUCCUUUUCCUGAGCAUUUUUCAGUGCGUCACAAAUGAUAGAAAAAAAGGUAAGUCCGUGAUAAUACACAUUUAUAACAUUUAUGCUAACAUGACAUUUUAGUUCAAUCUAACAGUUGUCACAUUUUAUUUGCAAUUUGGCAUAGAAACAAAUCAAUUGUGUUUAUUGCAUUUAUAAAAUGGUAUUUUCUUUUAUUUGUAUAGUCUUAUAAAUUAUACAGAUUAUAUUUGUAGAUAUAUUAUAUAAUUCGUAAAUAUUUUUUUUUCAAUUAUAGCGCCAUCUAUCGACAACUAGAAUAAAUGUUAUAAAUGUCUGUAAUCACCGACUUGCCUUUUUUCUGUCACAUACAAUUUAAUGCGUUAGAAAGAAAUCGAAAAACUGUGACGCACUGCAAGAUGCUCAUGAGAAAAAGAAUACAUAAUAGGUAAAAACUGGCUGCAAGGUGUACAAAACUACUUUUGUAAGUUGUUUCACGAGUUAUUUAUGAAUUUUUAAUUAUCUUUCGUUUAAUUGGACAGUAGGUCACCUUCUUGUCAUAAAAACACUGAAAGUGAUUAUCACUGAAAUUACUUCACUUUUAUUGACUAUAAAAAAGAUUUGAUAGCGUCUAGCUAUGUGAUAGAAAUUCGCAAAUAUGUGAUCAGGUUAUAGUGACAAAAGGCGCAAGGGAUAAAGAUAAAGUGUUAUAAUGGCGUAUAUGGUUACAUACAAAACAAGUGGAAUCAAUAGCCUGACUAAAAUAGUAUAUUGUACAACAAGAGAGAAAAAAGACAUAUUUCUCACGAGCGCAGAAGUUUGUUGGUGCCGCAAAUUAAGCGAGGGAGAAAUAUGUUGUUUUCUCACGUGUUGUACACUGUACUUUUUCUAUGGAUGCGUUUUUGUCAAGAGUUCAAACUUAAAAAUUAAGUAAUUUAAGUGCUUUUAUGUAGAUUAUCUGCCAAAAUUGAAAUAAAAUACAUAUUAUACACAUAUGUAGGUAUUUAAUAUUCUUAAUAUUUAUAUACUUUUAUUUAUUUAAAAUUAUAGUUACCAGUUAUAUUUGAACAGUUUUGAAAGGCAAUUCUUGGUAAGUUUGAUUAGACACAUUUUAUUUGACAGAAAUAUUUGUGUUUGUAUUGUGCAUGACGCCAUGGAAACCGCGAUUCUACGUAUGGAACCCGUGAGAAAAAAUAUUUCUCACUGCAAUGGCCGACUUUUCUCACAUCCUGAGAAAUUGUUCGUUUUGAAUGUAUGUAAGUAGUGAGAGAAGUUGCACAUUGUAUAGCAUCCAUAGAAAAAAAAUAUUGCGACAAUGAAUGAUGAUUGAAGUCUAUUAAACGAAGAUAUUUAAAAAUUUUUAUGCAUGAUUGACAUUGGUUUUCGUAAUUUUUUUAUAUACAAUCAGUAUUGUGGUUCAACAAUUUUUAUUGUAAUCGUUGUACGGCUUAUGUCCUUUAAUUCUAUAAUACGUUCAGUAAGAAUGUGGAACAACAAUUGAUACUUAAACAAUACUUUUUGCAAAAUUUAAUCCUACGUAUAAAACAAGACAUAUUUUACUUGUAAUUUUCUUUGAACAUUACACAAGAGUCAGAGGAAGAGAUGGAAAUCUAUUUUCAUUGUGAAGAAGAGCUGUUUUAAGCUUCUUGUGAGCUGUCAAACAAAUAUAGCAAAAACAGUCCACGUCAUUUUUACACUUUUUGGAAGACAUUUGUAGGUCUUGCAACACAUAAAAUUCGUUAUUCUACUGCAAUGCUCACCCGUACACUACCAUGUCAGUGUGCCACUUCUCGCUUCACACCCACAGCCCCAUCGCCCCUUUCUGCCAUCUUAAAUUCAACGGAUUCUCAAAAAAUCUGCCAAAACACCGUAUAUUUAUUUUUCAUUAUCUAAAGGUACAAAUGACUCAAUUUUUUUUGAGUCAUUUGAGAUUUGCGGACGACACAGUAUUAUUCAGUACAGAUAUCAAGGAACUGGAGCAAAUGAUGAAGGAAUUAAACCAGCAGUCAAAUAAAAUAGGUCUCAAAAUGAAUCUUCAGAAAACAAAAAUAAUGAGUAAUGUACAAACUAAUUUUGUUAUUGACAACGUCAGUCUUGAAAAUGUAGACCACUAUAUAUAUCUUGGACAUACCAUUAAAAUCGGCAAAGAAAACCAAAUAUCCGAAAUAAAAAGACGCAUACAAUUGUCUUGGGUAGCUUUCGGCAAGUUAAGCUUUAUCUUGAAGAAUAACGAUAUACCAAUGUGUCUAAAAGGUAGAGUUUAUGACAAAUGUAUCUUGCCUGUAACUACAUAUGGACUGGAGACCAUGGCCUUUAUAAAGAAAACCUUAGAGCAGCUCAGUACAACCCAAAGAGCGAUGGAGAGGGCCAUGCUAGGGAUUAGUUUGAGAGACAGAAUUCGAAAUAUCGACAUUCGUGAAAGAGCAAAGAUUACUGAUGUCGCAGAAGGUAUAGCAAGGCUCAAGUGGCAAUGGGUCGGACAUGUUACCCGAGAUAAUCCCGAAAAAUGGACACAGAGACUAACAAACUGGAAACCAAGAGAGAACAGGCGAGUAGUAGGCAAACCGCAGAAGAGGUGGGCAGAUGAUAUCAAACAAGAUAAUAACCAGUGUUACUAUUAAAGAUAUUUUAUAAUCUUCUAUCAUAAAUAUGUAUUCGAAAAUCCAAUGGUACAGUUAAUGCUUGGCCUGUAAAAGUCAUGUAUGACGUUUCGUGCAUCGUGGUUCUUGUGUAGAAGAUAGAAAAGAACAGUAGGUUACCGUAAGUUAGAGAGAUUUAUAUCACUACGUGAUGUAACAUGCCUCCACUCUUCUCUGUCUUGAAUAAUCUCCAGCCAGUUCUCCACGCCCAUAGCUUUCAGGUCUCCUUCUAUAUUAUCUCGCCACCGGAGUCGAGGACGUCCGCGUGGUCUUCUUCCAGUUGGGACUUCCUCCCACACCAACCUUACUGUUCUUUCGUCAGAAUGUCUUCUGAGCUGUCCUGUCCAUUGAAGUCUUCUGGUCUUUAUUUCUUAUAUUAUGUUGGCGUUUGGGUAUAGUUCUUCGAGCUCUUUGUUAGUUAUUAUCCUAUAUUGUCCUGCUGCUUCAUCAAGCAUGGUCCCAAAUAUCUUCCUUGGGAUUUUUCUUUCCCAACAAAACAAGGCUACAAUUUCAAUUAAAAACUAGCAUGGACUUAUCUCACCUAAUAAAAUGACAAAUAUUAAUAGGAAUUUCCACAUAGUUUCUGACGUACUAUGGUUUAUAGUGCAUAAAGUAGCCGGUUCCACAAAGCCAUGUUAACUCACUUUACUGAACCGAUAAAGUUAAUACUUUAUAUUUAUUAUAUACAAAAAUAAUUUAAUGGGCCUUAUCAGGUGUCAAUUUCGAAAAAAAAACUAUGUAUUGUGUGACAUUUGGAUUAAUAAAUGCACUCUUAAAAUAUGCAAAAAAAAUUGUUAUUAAUUUUCAACAUCUUAUAAAUUCAAAAUGGCGGAUUUCUUAUGACUGCCCCGAAAUUGAUGUCGACCAUGAUUUUGUACUAAGGAAUUAUCUAAAACAUAACAUUUAUAAAAAAUUUUGUUUAGUAUACUAGUAAACUACAGAAUGAACUAAAAAAAAAUUCUUUAAAUGACUGAAUGGCCCCAGUCUUUCAUGCGAUACUCAAAUGUGUGACAAAUACUUAGUUAAAAUUUCAAUAGGAUCGGUCACACGUUUUUGUUCGGAUCGGAUGUUAAAAAUUAAUAAAAAAUUGUUUUUGCAUAUUUUAACAGUGCAUUAUGUAUUAAGCCAAAAAUGUAAAACCUUAUAUACCAUAAAAGUCACAGAAUAAACUCCAAAAUAAAGUUUUGGAGUUUAUAAAUAGAUAGUUUUACAAAAGUUACAUUAGUUACAUUAGUUUUUGCAAAAUAAAUAGUUUUUGUCGAAAUUGAUACAUGAUAAAAGCCCCUUAAGUUGUUAAUUGCGUUAUUAAAGACGAUAUAUUAAAAACACUACACUAGUUGUUGUUUUUAACUUUCUAUUAGUGAAGUAUACAAUUAAUUAAGUUUAUGAAACCGGACAUUUAUUCAGGUAUUUAUAUUAUUUCCUUUAAUUUUAAUUGAUAAUUGAAUCAGAUUUUGAAUGAAUCGUAAAGAUCUCUCUGUGAUUAUAUGAAUUAAAAUAAAAAAUGGACAAUUGCUCAUGAAGCUUACCUUAAAUUUUCCUUUUUUAGGAUAUCAGUUAAUAUAGAUUUAAGACGUUUUUAAUAUUUAAUGUAAAAUGGAGAUUUUAUUAUUGUACAUUGUAAAUAUGGAGAGCACAGAUGAUUUAAUAAUAUUAUUUAUAGUUA